AGGGGGUCGCAACCCACAGGCUGAGAACCCCUGGCCUAGACUAUCUUGAUCUAUAUAUAGAUCUAUAGUUCUCUGCACACUUUUCAAAGACUAAUCUACCAGUACCAAUAGUCUGCUGUCACUGUUGAAUUCAAAUUCGACUAUGGGAAAGUACCAACUCAUUUAUUUUAAUGUUAGAGGAAGAGGUGAAGCAAUUCGAACUUUAUUGAAAGAUAAUGGCAUUGACUAUGAAGAAAUCAAUUGUGGAAAUAAUUGGCAAAAGGAAUGGAAGCCACAAAUGCAAUUUGGCCAAACACCUGCUCUUCGAGACAAUGAUUUUCUGCUAGUACAGUCAAAUGCUAUUCUGCGCCAUCUUGCUAGAAAACAUGGUCUGUAUGGUGACACUGAAGAAGAGGCUGCUUUAAUUGACAUGAUCAAUGAUGGCGUGGAAGAUCUAAGGUCAAAAUAUGUUAAUUUGAUUUACAGAAACUAUGAAAAUGGGAAGGAUGAAUAUAUUGCAGAUUUACCAAACCAGCUUCAGCCUUUUGAGAAACUGCUGUCUUCAAAUGGAGCAGACAGAAGUGGCUGCUGUGUUGGCACCAAACGUUCAUUUGCUGACUACAACUUGUCUGAUCUGCUGGAUGUUCACGUUGUCCUGGCACCCAAAUGUCUUGAGGAUUUCCCAACAUUGAAAGCAUAUUACCAACAAUAUUUGGCUCGACCUGGUAUACUUGAAUACAGAGAAACUGAAGCUUUUAAACAAAGACCCAUCAAUGGCAAUGGGAAACAGUAAUUGAUUAUGUUCUCAGGGUUGCUAAUGUUGAGUUCUAAAUAGGUAGUUAAUGCUACUAAGGCGCUAGUUUGUAUUUAUUAAUGUGUUCACUUCAUGUUAAUUAUGUUGUUUGAUUUUUUCAGCACUUACUUUUUUCUUUUCACUUUAACGCAUUUAGUUUUGGUGUUUUUCUUUUGCAAAUGUGAUUUUAUAAACAAAUAGAAUUCUAUAAUAAUGUAGUAUUCUAUAGCCUGUUGUACUUUGAUCAGGUUUGAAUGGAAAUGCUUUUUUUCCCCCCAGUAUUUUAUUUUAACAAAAAUAGAAAUACACUUUUUUUUUUUGUAGACAUUUUCUGAUAAAUAAAUAUGUUUAACUUUUCA